GGCUGCUUGGAGUGAGGACGGUUGGUCGUCAUCGAAAGAUAAUUCAGAACCGCUGCAUCUAGUAUAGGAAGCCAGGCAACAACAGUAUUUGUUUAUAUUUCCACAUAGACCGCAUAUAAAUAAAUUAUGAAAUCAGAGGCGUUGCACAAGUUGCUGGCUUUCUAUCCGCUGCUGAUAGUCUGCGCGUGGAGCCACCCAUUGAACCCAACUCAACAACAACCAACCAAUCAACAAAUACCCCCAGUUCAACAACCCGUUAUCUUAGUUAAACAUAAUAUAAGUGUGAAUGAUGCCAAGAACUACCAUAUAACAAUACCCAAGGAUCCCAAGGAGGGGGAGCCUUGUCUGACGAUCACUUGGAAGACCAAUCCGGAUGGCAGUGGACCCGGUGAACCGGAAAUCUUUAUGGGUCGUGGUUACUUCGGAAUAAUUCCACAAGUAGCACAAAGACAACAAAGGCAAUAAACCAAACUCAAAUUUGUAUUUAUUUAUGGACAUUUUGUGAGUGUUUCCAUGAUAUUUUUACGGGUUUUGUUUGAAAAAAUCAAGAAUACAUCGAUGAAUGAAAUGCAAAGCAACUCUUAAAGUCCUAUAAUAAAAAAAAAUGGAGUCAGUA